UAAAUAUAAAGGGAACAUUAAUGCUUACAAGAAGGAAAAUAGUGGCAUUCCCUUUACUUGUUUUUUGUUGGUGAAAUCAGAAAUUUCUGAAUCCCAAUUUGGGGUUUUCGGCGGAACGGGUGUCUCGCGCCAAUCUCAUCUCCGUCCAUUUUGCUCAUCAAAUGAUCUUCAAUCGCUACAUCUUGAAGAUAUGUUCGAGAAAACGAGAAUGGAAGUGGAGAAAGGGAAGAAAAGGAAGAUUCGGGUUGUCUUUAAUUCCGAUUUCCGCAAAAGGAUUGGCGAUUUUUCUACCAAUAAUAUGACUAUUAGAGUUUUGGAUCAUCGGCAUUUAUGGAUUCUCGAUGGCGGUCAAGUUGGCAAGGAGGGGAGGGUGCUGGUUAAUCGGCGAUCGGUUGAUCGAGUCUUGCAGAGGAUUGGGAAGGAAACCACUCAAUAUCUAGAGAGUUCUGGUGAUGCAAAGGAUUGUGCUGGUGGUGGUGACCUAGAGAGCCUCUGUAGCCCUGAGGAGUUCUCCUCGAGCGUCGAUCAACUCAAUCAAAACUUUAACAAAUCUCUCGUUCUUAAAAGUUCGUCCUCUCGUUCAUCCCCAAUUGAAGUAAAAUAUAGUUCUAAGCUGAGUAUGAAGCAAUCAGAAGUUACUGAUAAGAAGGAAACUAAAAGAAGGUAUGCUGCGGGAAUGGGAACGACUGGUAAUGAAAAUUAUGCAUAUUUGGAUCUCAAACUGUCGCCUCCAGGGGUCUACUUAAGGGGUAAAUCCUCGAAUGAAUCGAAAUCGUCAUCCCCAAAAUCUCAAGACUCAUGCGUAUCUGCGGAGGUCGAGUCAAAUGUAAACUUGGAGAAUAACCUUGAAGUUGAAGGUUCGCCGUUAAUUGUGAUGGGAUGUACUUUUUGCCUGCUUUAUGUGAUGGUGACAGAUGAUGAUCCCAGAUGCCCUAUAUGCAAAAAUUCUGGCUUGCUCGACAUUUUCCGUGGAAAUCAGCCGAAGAGAUCGAGAAAAAACUAGCUUCCUUUCAAGGAGUGUGGAGAGUAUGCUCUUGAACUGAUGCACCCUCUGCCUUUCUUUUCUUAGUGUCUGUCUUCCUUGUUGCUGCUGCUGCUGGUGCAUGCACUUGGGGAGUAAGCAUAGCAUCUUCAAUAAAGAACAUGGUUUAUGUUUCUUUUUUGCUCUUUAGUUUGGCUGUCUUUGCCCUUGUUUUGAGAAGGCCAUUUCAUAAGGAUAAGGUCUUCAAACAGGUCUUUAUAUAACAUAUUAAGUUACUGUGUCUCUGUUCUA